AUGGAUGACACACCACAGUCCACACCCUCCCAAGACUCUGGUGAUGAAGCCGGCCCAGGGAGCAACGGGCACGAUCAGAAUAACAGGGCUGGCUCCAACUCAAAACUCCCCGCCUCCAAGGAUAAAGAGUGUCCCUACUGCCAUCAGCAUUUCACCUCCUCCUCUCUCGGUCGUCAUCUCGACCAGUUCAUCUCCAAGAAAAAGCCGGAUGGCAUUCACAAUGUCGACGAGAUCCGUCGCAUGCGAGGUGGCAUUACAAGACGCACCGCCAGAGGCUCCAAACGAGAAGGCAGCUUCAGGGAUCGCGAUGACACCCGCUCACCUCGCACGAGUCCUCCUCCACAAGCCCAAUCGCAAUCGCAAUCGCAAUCGCAAUCACAAUCCCAACCUCAACCUCAACCUGGUCCCGUCAUCUCCAUUACAUCCGCAGACAACCUAAACCGAGCCCCUCCAGGCGGCAUGUAUACUCGCCUCAACAGACUCAAUUGGCAGGCCACUGGUGUCAUCACCGAUCCCAGCUCCCUCGACUCCCCCACCACCGUGAAUGCUCCGCCCACUCCUGCCCUCAUCAACAGUCCCUCGCAAGGCACCAAACGCACCUUUUCCAUGUAUUCGCAAGAUUUGACCGCCGCUGAAACCAAUCGCGCUCUCGAGCUUUCCUUGCGCGAAGUUCUGGACUCCCUGCGUGCCGCCACUAAACACGCCACGCCGAAGCCGAGCCCGUUCAAAUUCGACGUGCAGAGUCAAUCCUUUCCCAGUCUGUGCCUGAAAAUCCUGCCUGCCCCUGCAACCCUCUUCCAGGCGAGUCCCUUCAGCACUCCUACGAGCAUUCCCAUCUCUCCGCCGGGCCCAGAUCAGCUGGCCCCACUACGCCAAAAACUCACCAGCACCAUCGACUAUUGGAAAUGGCAGGCUCUUCGCCUCGCGCAGCCAACCACGUCCAAUAUCGCAGAAGAGGCGGACUUUUUGACCCAGAGCGCCACGCAAUGGGCCGAGAGCACCAUGAACCAUCUCGACUCAAGCUACCAGAAUUGGAUGUCGCAUCCUAUCGAGAUUCGCAACCUGCUGUGGCAAGUGGAGCUCUUGCGCGCCUACAACACCGAGCAGCAGAAAUCCACGGAACUGGAGGAGAAGAUCGAGACUCUUCAACAGGAGGCGAGCCAACUGCAGCAGCAAGUGGAGUAUCUCAGUCGGUGCCAGUGGCCGCGGGAGAUGGCCCUGUGGCCGCCGGACCGGAAACCGUUUGGGGCCGCGCUGCGCGAAGAAAUCAGGCUGAUCAACUUGAACAAACUGCCCGGGACGGGGUCGGACGGCAUUGAAGACAUGGUGCAAGUCCCCGAUAACAUCCAUACUAGGGGAGACAAAUGGGACUUUGAAAAGCUCGUCAACAAGUGGAAGUCUUACAUUAAAGAGGAUCGGAAUCGGAGGGUUCCUCAACAGCAGCCGCAGCCGCAGCAGACUGGGACACCGACCGACGGGGCGCCUGUCAAGAUUGCUGAACUGCAUAAAUCCUACAGUGAAUCAGGAUCGGGACCCAACGGCAUCGGCAUUGGCAUCUCGACCAAUGGCCCUUCACCCAACGGCCACAGGCUUUCAAUGGACGAGAAGCGUAGGAGUAUGAGGAAUCAAAAGGGAAAUAUAAGUAUAGUGUCGGACUUCUAG